AGAGAGCGAAAAUCAGUUUCAAAACAAAAGUACAAGGAAUAACAUCACAGCAAAAGAGAAACGCGAUUUAUUAAAAACAAAUUAUAACCCCAAGAAUAUUGUAACGCGCUGUGACCGCAAAUAUAAACAAGAAAUCGUUACAUUCCCAUUAGAUCAAUUAAAACCAAGCCAAAAAACAACAAAGACUAAUACUUCUGUGACAAAAAGUGACAAUUACCUAAAUAAGUGAUUUUUUUUUAAUAGUUUUAGUUAGAAAAUUUUUCCUGAGAGAUCUUCAAUAUGAAGUUAUGCAUAUUACUGGCUGUCGUGGCCUUUGUUGGCCUCUCGCUGGGCGAGGAGAAGAAGGAGAAGGACAAGGAGCUGGGCACAGUGAUCGGCAUUGAUUUGGGCACCACGUACUCCUGCGUUGGUGUGUACAAGAACGGACGCGUUGAGAUCAUCGCCAACGAUCAGGGUAACCGCAUCACUCCCUCCUACGUCGCUUUCACCGCUGACGGUGAGCGUCUUAUUGGAGAUGCCGCCAAGAAUCAGUUGACCACCAAUCCCGAGAACACGGUCUUCGAUGCCAAGCGUCUGAUCGGUCGCGAAUGGUCCGACACCAAUGUGCAGCACGACAUCAAGUUCUUCCCCUUCAAGGUUGUCGAGAAGAACUCGAAGCCCCACAUCAGCGUGGACACGUCGCAGGGCGCCAAGGUGUUCGCACCCGAGGAGAUCUCCGCCAUGGUUCUGGGCAAGAUGAAGGAAACCGCUGAGGCCUAUCUGGGCAAGAAGGUCACCCAUGCCGUCGUUACCGUGCCAGCCUACUUCAACGAUGCCCAGCGUCAGGCCACCAAGGAUGCUGGUGUGAUUGCCGGUCUGCAGGUGAUGCGCAUCAUCAACGAACCCACUGCUGCGGCUAUUGCCUACGGUCUGGACAAGAAGGAGGGCGAGAAGAACGUGCUUGUGUUCGAUUUGGGCGGCGGCACCUUCGAUGUCUCCCUGCUGACCAUCGAUAACGGAGUGUUCGAGGUGGUGGCCACCAACGGUGAUACUCAUUUGGGAGGUGAGGACUUCGAUCAGCGUGUGAUGGAUCACUUCAUCAAGCUGUACAAGAAGAAGAAGGGCAAGGACAUUCGCAAGGACAACCGCGCCGUUCAGAAGCUGCGUCGUGAGGUUGAGAAGGCCAAGCGUGCCCUGUCUGGUUCCCACCAGGUGCGCAUCGAGAUUGAAUCCUUCUUCGAGGGCGAUGACUUCUCCGAGACCCUGACCCGUGCCAAGUUCGAGGAGCUUAACCUGGAUCUGUUCCGUUCCACCCUGAAGCCAGUGCAGAAGGUGCUCGAGGAUGCUGACAUGAACAAGAAGGACGUGCACGAGAUUGUGCUGGUCGGUGGCUCCACUCGUAUCCCUAAGGUGCAGCAGCUGGUUAAGGACUUCUUCGGCGGCAAGGAACCAUCCCGAGGCAUCAAUCCCGAUGAGGCUGUGGCUUACGGUGCUGCCGUGCAGGCUGGCGUGCUCUCUGGCGAACAAGAUACCGAUGCUAUUGUCCUGCUCGAUGUGAACCCACUCACCAUGGGUAUUGAGACCGUCGGCGGUGUGAUGACCAAGCUGAUUCCCCGCAACACCGUCAUCCCCACCAAGAAGUCGCAGGUGUUCUCCACUGCCUCCGAUAACCAGCACACCGUCACCAUCCAGGUGUACGAGGGCGAGCGUCCCAUGACCAAGGACAACCAUCUGUUGGGCAAGUUCGAUCUGACUGGCAUCCCACCAGCACCCCGUGGCAUUCCCCAGAUUGAGGUUUCGUUCGAGAUCGACGCCAACGGCAUCCUGCAGGUCAGUGCCGAGGACAAGGGUACCGGUAACAAGGAAAAGAUCGUCAUCACCAACGACCAGAACCGCCUGACGCCCGAGGAUAUCGAUCGCAUGAUCCGCGAUGCCGAGAAGUUCGCCGAUGAGGACAAGAAGCUGAAGGAGCGUGUGGAGUCCCGCAACGAACUGGAAUCGUAUGCCUACAGCCUGAAGAACCAGAUCGGUGACAAGGACAAGCUGGGCGCCAAGCUGAGCGACGAGGAGAAGACCAAGUUGGAGUCGGCCAUCGAUGAGUCGAUCAAGUGGCUGGAACAGAAUCCCGAUGCCGAUCCCGAGGAGUACAAGAAGCAGAAGAAGGAUCUGGAGGCCAUCGUUCAGCCCGUGAUCGCUAAGCUGUACCAGGGUGCUGGCGGUGCUCCUCCUCCAGAGGGCGGCGAUGAUGCCGAUCUCAAGGACGAGCUGUAAGAUGGCCACCCCCCCUCACAUAACUUACACACAGCCCAGCCUGCAUCCAUUCGAGAUCAUAGUGUUGGAAUUCAGACUGAAAAAAACAAUUAUAACUUAAUUGCAAACGCAGUAGCCACAACAACAACAACAACAAGAAGAGAAAGAUAGAGAAAGAUCACAACAGCAAAAGAUAAUACUACUUUACAGCCCUCAGCAGCCAUCCCCCCAUCCAUUCGACCUUUAAGGCAAAAUUCCCAAAAAGAAAUCCAUUCGAAAAACAUGAAAACAAAACAGAAGAAAAAACACAAUCCUUUUUUUAUACAUUUUUUUUUUCUACAUUUAAAUUUAAAGUAUUUUUUUGUCGGCAAAAAAAUUUGAGAGAUGUAAUAGCGAUUUAUUCGAGUGUUCCUCGCAUUUCUCACGCCCUUCCGCCCACUCCCCCCUCACGUUAGCUGCAUAAUUAUGUAAAACUGUAAAUUUUUUUUAUAUAUGUAUACACAUAAAUGUGACGACUGUAAGCCCCGAAAUCCCCGAGGAGUCGCAAAUCAAUAGGUUAGCCUACGGAUAUGUAAAGCGGUAGCAACAAACAAAACAAACAGACAAAUGUUAUAUGUAUAAGCGAGUAAUGUGGCACCAAUUCCUCGGGCAUAUUUCCCCACUGAUAUCCCAAUAGCAGUGCGAAUAUAUCGGGGAAUCGGGCUAUGUUGAUGAGAUAUAGAAGAGAGAGAGGAGCACAGGGAGCUGCGGGUCGUGCGGAGGAGGAGAAUAGGUCGAUGAGGAAUGCGAACGGCAGCGAAGCAAGAGAUAAACCACGAAAUCAUACGGAAACCACUAGAGAGCAGCGGCACACACCAUCGGCCAGGCUUCAUAAAUGGGUUCUUCGAUUUUACGAAGAAUUUUCUAAUUUAUUUAAAAAUAAAAUAAAAAAAAAUUGAAAAAAUGAAA